CAAUAAACUCACCAAAACAUGAAGAAGUCUCACCUUGUGUUCCUCUUGGUUCUAACUCUUAGUUUUUUUGUUUCACGGGGGGCCUCAUCUCCCAAUGAUCUUGAUACUUCAGAAGAUUUCUUAAGCUGCCUCCAAUCCAAAACCAACAGUGUCACCUCCGUCUCUCAACUCGUUUUCACCCCCCUCAAUUCUUCUUUCCAGUCCAUUUGGCAAGCUAGAGUCAACAAUCUUAGGUUCAUCAAACCCUCCACCCCUAAACCGUCCGUCAUCGUGACUCCCGUCAACGAUACGCAGAUCCAAACAGCUCUUUUCUGUACCAAAAAACACGGAUACGAGAUCAGGAUCAGGUCGGGAGGACAUGACUUCGAAGGCGUCUCGUAUUCUGCUGUAGUUCCCUUUGUCAUGCUUGAUCUCAUCAACAUGAAGUCUAUAGAUGUGGAUGUUGAAAACAUGACUGCAUGGGUUCAGGCUGGCGCGCUGCUUGGUGAACUCUACUAUAGUAUUUCUCAAAAGACCAACACCUUGUACUUCCCGGCUGGUGUGUGUCCCACGGUGGGUGUGGGCGGGUAUAUGGGCGGUGGAGGGUAUGGAAACCUGGUGAGGAAAUAUGGGACAGCUGCUGAUAAUGUUGUGGAUGUUCGGUUCAUGGAUGUUAAUGGAAAUAUUCUGGACAGGAAGUCGAUGGGUGAAGAUUUGUUUUGGGCGCUUCGCGGUGGUGGUGCUUCCAGCUUUGGAAUAGUUCUUGCAUGGAAGCUGGGAUUGGUGCCAGUGCCGGAGAUCGUGACAGUUUUUCGGGUGACUAAAACACUUGAAGAAAACGGGACAGAUAUUUUCUAUAAAUAUCAAUAUGUAGCACCAAGUAUGGAUCGGGAUUUGAUUAUAAGAGUUCAGAUAUUCAGCGAAUUUAUAGGCAACACAACAAACAAAACGAUACGAAUGUUUUUUGAAGGAGUUUAUCUUGGCAAAACUGACACAUUCCUUCAAUUGCUAGACAAAAACUUUCCGGAGCUCAAUGUGAGACGAGAGAAUUGUGAAGAAAUGAGCAUGGUCCAGUCAAGUCUUGUAUUAGCAGAUCAGGGAUUCACAAGCUCGACCCCAACCGAGGCUAUUGCAAACCAAUCUGCCAUCAAGAAGCUGUGGAACUACAAAGCUAAACUAGACUAUGUUAGGACUCCGAUCCCUAAAAGCGAGCUUAUAAAGAUCUGGAGAAAGAUGUUUGAAAACGAUGGAUCAGAGCUCUUGAUGGUAUACGCUUUUGGCGGGAAGAUGGAGGAGUACUCAGACACAGCAACUCCGUAUCCUCAUAGAGCCGGGGUGCUGUACCAGCUGUUUAAGACUGUGCGUUUUAACGAUCAAACUUCAGACACGACCCCAGCAUCGCUCAGACGGCUAGCGUGGCUGCAAGGGUUUGAUACGUUUUUGGAGCCGUAUGUAUCGAAAAACCCGAGGGAGGCGUAUUUGAACUACCUUGAUCUUGAUUUGGGUGUUGGAAGUGAGACUUAUGAGGAAGCAAGUAUUUGGGGUGAGAGGUAUUGGAAGAAAGAAAAUUUUAAAAAGUUGAUUCGAAUCAAAGCUCAAGUGGAUCCCCAGAAUUUCUUUAGACACCCACAAAGUAUACCGGUUUUCAACUAAGCACUUGUUUUGAUCAGUCGAAGACAUGGUUAAAGCAUAUAUGUUCUCGUUCGCGUAAGUUUUUUUUGUAGAAUAAAUUUGCAAUUAAUUAAUAAGUGGGGGAGUCUUAAGUGUUUAUUUUGCCAGUUGUCCUUCCUAGCAGUGUAUGGCGGGAAUAUAAUUUGUUAUCUUUGUUUUGAUGGAUUGUAUGAAAGUAUUAUUAAGAAUACAACACGUGAACCAUUUUUUAGGUUU